UGUGCCGGUGGCGGCCCCGGUGGCCGGUAACGGUACUGAACAUCCAGCAGGACUCUCGCUCCGUUGAGUCAGUUCGCCGAAGCUCUGCGACUGGAGGGAUGUGACCCCGGAACAGGACGCCCUCCUACAACAACACACCAUAACAGAGCAUAGAAGAAAGAAAAGCUGGACCAGGAGGGAGCCACAGGAGCAGGGGGCAUGAACCGCGAGGAGGCCCCAGGGAAGUCUCCUGAAGACAUGUACAUCCAACAGAAAGUGCGGGUCCUGCUCAUGCUAAAGAAAAUGGGAUCAAAUCUUACGCCCAGUGAAGAGGCUUUUCUCCGGAAUUAUGCAGGUGUGGUCCACAGUCAGAUGAGCCAGCUACCACAGCACAACAUAGACCAGGGUGCAGAGGACGUGGUGAUGGCGUUCUCCCGGUCAGAGACGGAGGAUCGCCGACAGUGACCCUGGCCCCCCCACCCCAAUUCCACCCCACUGCAUCCCUCCCCGCCCCCGUCCCACCCCACACCUGAUCCACAGCAACCCAAACUCCACAAACCUGACACUGAUGAGCUCAGGAGAGGAUGGGCACCCGGGAGGGACAGAAGAGGAGGGGAGAGACACCCGGAGGUGGCUGCCUCGCUCUCUCCCAUCCCUGACUCCUCCUCAUACAAGCUGGCACACCAUUACCUGAGAUGCACUCAAGUGCUUCACUGUGGGUUGAAGCCUCGGCAACAAGGCAGUCAGUGAAAACACUCACAAAUUGUGGGAUGAAUAUCAAAUGUAGUUUUUAUUUUUAUUUUAUUUUUUUUGUCUGGGUGGGUUAGUUUAGUUUUGUAUUAUUUUGUCUGUGUUGAGACUUUAGGCAGUGUUACAUGUUAUAUCUGCUGUGGUCACUGGAGGAGGCGACCAGUCAGCAGCUGAUUGAAGCAAAGAGAAAUAUAGUUUUGGUCAAGCAGCGAGUGUGAUGAUUGGUCGUGUUAGGGGAGAGAUUUCUUUAAUUAUUUCUGCUUACCCUAAUGGGGCUGAAAUUUUUUUUUGAUGUAGCUGUUGUGUUAUAAAAGCUUUUGUAUUCUGUCACACAGGGGGCCUCAUUUCUAAACAUUUUGUGUGUAAAAGAGGAGGCAUGAAAGAUGGGUAUGCCAUCUCCCACGCAGCUGUUGGGAUGUUAUUGGAGAGCAUCAACACGUCCACUGGAACCUGCAUGCUGAAGGCAAAGUAGUGAUAUAAAAUCUAAUGUAUUAGUAACUCCUCUCAGACAAAUCAUUUCACCGAAUAUAAAAUGCUGCUGCAGCGUAGUCUCUCAUUGCCAGACCGAUCUCCACAGCUGGAGUAUGGGCUGGCUACACAGUAUAUCUAUUCUGGGAUGGAGAGUAAGACACUCUGGCUUGUUUGUGUUUCUUUAAACCAAUCACAACCGUCCUGGGCGGCGCUAAGCCCCGCAGCAAUGGUGCCCCAUGCAAAAUAGUUAGCGGAGAUAAUGGAAGGGGAGAGACAUCGGUCAGGCUUAAUCCAAGCAAUGGACAUCCAUUGAGCCAGACUAAGUGCAGUGAGCUCCAAUAUGCUUAUAUGUUUUUUUGGUGUUAUACUUUUAUUUUAGAAUAAUUUGACUUUCUGGUCACGCAGCCCUCACUGCUGCUGUGACCCGCUGAUUGUCUCUUUAUUGGUCAAACUAGAAAUACAAACAAACACCAAACAGUUAAUCUAACUGACUCAAGAUCUCAUUUCUCUUUGAUGUGCCGUCUGACCUUUUGUUCACGUGCAAGUAUUAUCUAAUACUUGCACGUGAACAAAAGGACGUGCUGAUUGAUGUGUGUAUUAACACUCACAACAGACCUGUCAUUAAUCACAUAAGGUUUAAUUAUGGGAGUUAACAGCGCAGGAUGACAAGGCCAGUGACAUGAUCGACGUGUAAAUGAAAAACUGCGUUAAGGUGACUGUAUUUUUUAGUUUUCCUCUCGACAAAUCUACACACAGUUUUAUAAAUGGGGCCCCUGUUGUUGUUCUGCUGCUUUAUUUUGAACCAUUGGCUGUUGAGAGUGCAGCAAUGCUUUUCUCUUGAGGAAAGCGUAAGAAUUAAAGACACUAGUGGACAUAAUCACAUGAAACACAGCUGUAUACACAUUCUCCCCAAACACUGGUUUUGGGUUAUUGUGACUUUUUUUUUUUUUUUUUUUAUUGUACAGAUAGUUGGGAAAA